AACAAAUAUAAAUUAAAAACUCAAAAAUUAAUGUUUCAAACCAUUCAAAUUUAACUCGGAUUCGCAUGGUAUUUUAACUCCUUCCGGCUUGAACCUGAGCCAGUCUCAAUUACUGAUAAUCAGUCGGCCAAUUUCACCAGCUCGGUUGAUUUACACUGAAGAAAGAAGAAAACAUGAAAAGGAAGACCAGGAAACUGAUUGCAUGAUACAUAAAUGCAGAACCCUCAAUCACUGUUGAUGAACGUGAAAAGGCCACUGUAUCUAUGGAACCUCAUGAUCCGCAGUUCCACCAAAGCCGGUCUUUUCUUUCAAGCUUUGGACAUCUACUCUUCUAUGCUACAGAGUGGCGUUCAUGGCAAUGGCUUCACAUUUCCUUUGCUCCUAAAAGCCUGUUCUAACACCAACUCCAUACGCGACGGCACUAAGAUUCAUUCCCAUCUAAUUCAACUCGGAUUUCAACACGUGUUUGUGAUGACAACUCUCCUUGACAUGUACUCUAAAUGCUAUGACCUCGCUUCUUCAAGGAAAGUGUUUGAUGAAAUGCCCAUGAGAAGUACUGUUUCUUGGAACUCCAUCAUCUCUGCUUAUUGUCGUUUUUUCCUGGUCGAUGAAGCCAUUUCGAUGUUACAGAAAAUGCGACUUAUUGGUUUCGUACCCACCUCCACCACGUUUCUUUGUUUUCUGCCCAUUUGCCUUCUUCAACAUGGCUUAUCUAUCCAAUGCUGUGCGUUCAAAUUUGGACUUCUAGAGGGCUCUGAUAUUCCUUUAACUAAUGCUCUCUUGAACAUGUAUGUUAAACAUGGUCAGGUUCAUGAAGCUCGGACUCUUUUCGAUAUGAUGCAUGAGAAAUCACUCAUUUCUUGGACUACGGUUAUAGGAGGCUAUGUGGAUUUUGGAAAUGUCAGGGAAGCAUUUAGUUUGUUUAACCAAAUGAGAAUAAGCAUGAGAUUAGACUUCAUAGUCUUCAUCACCCUGAUUUCGGGUUGUGCACGAGAGGGGAAUUUGUUGCUAGCUUCUUCAGUCCAUUCUCUCCUAGUUAAGUACGGAUGUGAUGAUAAAGACCCCAUUGACAACUUGCUCGUGACCAUGUAUUCAAAGUGUGGUGACCUAAUCUCAGCUCAAAGAGCAUUUGAUAUUGCACGUGAAAAAAGUCUCUACUUGUGGACAUCUAUGAUUGCUGCGUAUACUCACUUAGGCUAUCCUGUCCAAGCUUUGCGACUUUUCAAUACAUUGUUAGGGACAGCUAUUAAACCAAAUGAAGCAACCCUGGCAACCAUCCUUUCAGCUUGUGCUGAUUUAGGGUCACUCAGCAUGGGUGAAGAAAUUGAAGAGUACAUUUUGGCUAAUGGAUUACACUCAAGUGUCCAAGUUCAGACCUCUUUGAUACAUAUGUUUUGCAGAUGUGGAAGCUUAGAGAAGGCUAAGGCUGUUUUUGAGAGGUUAGCAACUAAAGAUUUAGCUGCUUGGAGUUCCAUGAUAAAUGGUUAUGCCAUCCACGGUAUGGCAGAAGAGGCUUUCAGUCUCUUUCACAAGAUGCAGACAGUGGAAGGAAUAAAACCAGAUGCUGUUAUUUACACAAGCAUAUUACUGGCUUGCAGCCAUUCAGGAUUGAUUGAAGAUGGUAUGAAGUACUUUCAGAGCAUGCAGAAAGAUUUUGGAAUACAACCGAGUAUAGAACACUAUACAUGCUUGGUAGAUCUUCUUGGUAGAGCCGGUCAACUUGAAAUGGCGUUUAAAACCAUCAAAAGAUUUCCUGUCCAGGUUCAAGCUCAGGCAUGGGCUGCUUUUCUCAGUGCCUGCAGAAAACAUCGCAAGCUUGAGCUGGGGAAGCUAGCAGCAAGAAAGCUGUUUAAUUUGAAUCCCAACAGUGUUGCCAAUUAUGUAGUAAUGGCUAAUUUAUAUACACAUGCAGGUAAGUGGAAGGAGGCUGCUGUGACAAGAAGAUUUAUAGAUGACAGAGGACUGGUUAAGGAGCCUGGUUGGAGCUACAUAGAAAUAAAUGGUUCUGUCCAUGUUUUCCUUGCUGGAGAUCGAUCACAUAAACAGUCAGAUGAUAUCUACAAGAAGUUAGAGGAACUAAAUGUCAAGCUUUUAGAAGCUGGUCAUGUUCCAGAAACAGAUACGGUGAUUCAUGACUUGGAAGAGGAGGAGAAGGGGGAGUCGUUGAAGGUUCAUAGUGAGAAAUUGGCUAUUGCAUUUGGUCUCAUCAGUACUGAGGCAGGUUCCACUUUGAGGAUCAUUAAAAACAUGCGAACCUGUGACGAUUGUCAUUCUGCUUUGAAGUGUAUCUCAAAAAUUACAGGAAGGCAUCUUAUUGUGAGAGAUGGUCACCGCUUCCACCAUUUUAAGUCUGGUUCCUGCUCAUGCAAGGAUUUCUGGUGAUUUUACCACUUUACUGAUAAUUACUUGCUUUAGCCAAUAUGGUCUCAAAAUUAAUGAGUCUUCAACCAUGAAGAGAUAUCAGGCUUCCUAAUGGAAUUUCACUUGGCUGAGGAAGGAUCAGAUAUUGCUCAUUAAGAAUAGACUAUAUCGGGUAUUACAAGAUUGAGUUCAUGCUAAUACAAGUAGCCAGUAGGCGCUAGCCACUAAGCAAGAUAGCCAAUUCAUAUUUUAGUUUCAACAAUGGAUGCCUACUUACAUUAGAGCAUGACACGAAAAAAUAUUACUGUAAUGCUCUUCUGUUGGGAGAUAGUCGUGCGAGGACAUAAGAUCUGUGCAAGCAACAGAUUUGGAAAUCCUUCAUUUGGAAGCCUGCACCAAAGCUGGUUUUGAGUUCGUGGAUACAACGUAAACCAAAAACAAACACUAUGAAGGUUCUUUGAGUAGGAGCAAGCAGUGGCCUGAAUAUUAUAGGUGGGAUUUCAGGGGCAUAAUGAGUUGUAAGCUUUGCUUAUAGGGCUGAGCACGGAUCGGUCCAAUUCGGUUAUUUAUAAAUCACCAGUACUAUACCAAACCUCGGUUAUUUUAAAAUUGAAGUUACCAGUACCGUACCAAACAUAAAAUAAUCUAAUACCGUAUUA